GCUGUCUAAACAAUCGCAAAGUCGGACGGUUGUCAGAAUACUAGUGUAAAUCACCUUACGACGAGCUAAAAAUGAAGCUGCAAGUAGUGUUCGGGCUCAUCCUGAUCUGUUACAAUGCCAUGGCAAUGAGAAUAAACGAGCCGUUAAAAAAUCAAAUAGUAGAAGAUUUUCUUGAGAAGUUAAAAUCUAUGUUGGAGACGGGAAACGAGAAACUUGGACUUCCGGUUCUUGAUCCAUACAAAGCGGACCAGCUUGCGUUCGACGUUAACGAGGACGUAAUAAAAUUGAAUGCGAAUUUGAGUAAGGUCAAUGCAAAUGGUUUAGCUAAAUAUAAUGUCAUCAAUGGGGAUUUGGACAUGUCCGAUGAUGUUGUCUUAGCUAUUCAUCUUUCGUGGCCAUUGGUCACUGCGAGUACUGAUUAUGCCAUGAAAGGCAAAAUCGAGAGUUUCGAAGUUUUCGGCGAUGGUAACAUAAAUCUGUCAGCGCAUAAUUUCGUUCUCAAUACAGUACUUACUUUCUUAUGGGACAAACAGUUAACCUCAUACUUGACAGUAAAAGACAUAAAAUUGGACCUUUCUUUACAAAAACUAGAUUUUAAAGCAACGGGUCUUUUUAACGAUGAAGAAACAUCAACAGUAUUGAGUGCCAUAGUUUCCGAAAUGGCACCUGAGUUAAUAAGCGAUGAGAGGAUUACAAGCAAGAUUAUUGAACUUGUCACGAAGAAACUCAACGAAUUUUUGGAAACUAAGACGGUCUUAGAAAUAAUACAAAUGAUCCUUUAAUGUUUUUAACAUUAAAGCUUUUUAUCGUAUUGGCGGUGCCAUCGUUUAAUCAAUCAUUAUGUACAGUUACGAUUCUGAUCGAUGAAACGAUAUAAUAGGCUAUGAAAGAUUUCGAACAUGUCCAUAAAAUGGUCAUGUUCUAUAAGAGAAAACGAAUGCAAGUAAUAAAUCAAAAAGUUAGCAUGUUUUUUAAACCAAAAUUAAUACAAACGCAUUCUCUUAAACGUUUUUCGUCUUUCUUCUUUUAUACAAUAAAAAGUAUAAACAAAUUAAAAAUUUUUUAUUCAUAU